AACUUAAUUAACUCAGUCAGCAUGUCCCCUGGUUGCUUAAAAAUCUAAAAGAGCCAAAAUAUAAUACUAGGAAAUAUUCAACGAAGAAGAAAGCCAUGUAUUAGGUAUUGGACAAAUCGACCCCCGCCGUUUGGUCAAUCCAAUUGAAUAAUUUGCCCACAUGCGCUACUUUUAGUUUUCAAUAAUAAUCAACCCCUCCUCUCAUCAGUUGGUGUGGUGUUGGUCCAUAGUCAUUAGUCGUAUAUUCACAGCAAAGCAUUAAAAGACCAAAAUCUCCUCCCCCUCUCUGUCUCUCUCCUCUGCCGCUUUUUGACCCAUUAAACUCACCGCGGAUCGAGCCGGCAUCGAAAGCCUCCUACCCCCAUUAAAACCAUCCCCAUUUCUCAUGCUUCCCAAUUUUCAUUCUCCACCACCCACCUACCUUUUUGCCUCUCAUCUCUCAAUCCAAAUUCAUACCCAAAAGAAAUCUUUCAACACACCCAGACCCAGGUACUGUGUUGCCUAGCCUUAACAUGUUUUUGAUUUUCUUCUUCGCUAUCGUCUCUGUUCUUAUAAUUCUCAGGCUCUUGUCCAAGACGUCUAUAAUUCACAUUUUCUUGAUAUGGUGGCGAUCUUUUGGGGACCGGUUUCACGUAUACCAAACCUACAAAAUCCCGCAGUACAACGAGCACUACCAAGAAAACCACCUCUACCGCAAGGUUUCCAGCUAUCUAAACUCGUUGGCCUCUCUGGACGACUCAGAUCUCAAGAACCUCAACCUCCUCUCUGGUCCUAAGGCUAGCGAAAUCUUUCUCCACUGCGACGCUAACCAAACCGUCUACGACACGUUUUUAAGCGCCAGAGUGUCGUGGACCAACGAAUUAGAGAGAGAUGGUAGUAGGAGUAGAUCGUAUGUACUAAAGAUUAGGAAAAACGACAAGCGUAGAGUUCUGCGGCAGUACCUGCAGCACAUUCUCUCCGUCACCGACGAGAUUGAGCAGCGUAAGAAGGAGAUCAGGCUGUACAUGAAUUUGGAGGCGGGGGAUGGGCGGUGGAGGUCGAUUCCGUUCAAUCACCCGGCGAGCUUCGACACGGUGGUGAUGGAAGCCGAUUUGAAGAACAAGGUACGCUCCGAUCUCGAGCAGUUCCUCAAGUCCAAGCAGUACUACCACCGGUUGGGCCGUGUUUGGAAACGGACCUAUCUCCUGUACGGCCAGUCCGGUACCGGGAAAACCAGCUUCAUCGCGGCGAUGGCGAAGCUCUUGAACUACGACGUCUACGAUAUCGACAUGUCCAAGGUCUUGGACGACUCCGAUUUGAAGACGCUGUUGUUGCAGACCACCUCUAAGUCGUUGAUCGUGAUCGAGGAUCUUGACCGGAUUUUGGCUGAUAAAUCGACGGCUGUGAGCCUGUCGGGGAUGUUGAAUUUCAUGGACGGGAUCGUAUCGUGCUGCGGCGAGGAGCGCGUGAUGGUGUUCACGAUGAACGGCAAGGAUCAGGUUGAUCAGGCGGUGAUGAGGCCCGGAAGGAUCGACGUUCACAUUGAGUUCCCCGCAUGUGAUUUCUCUGCGUUCAAGAGCUUGGCGAGCAGUUACUUAGGGGUCAAGGAGCACAAGCUGUUCCCUCAAGUGGAGGAGAUAUUCCACACCGGGGCGAGUCUGAGCCACGCCGAGAUCGGCGAGAUCAUGAUCUCGAACCGGGCUUCGCCGAGUCGGGCUCUGAAAUCGGUCAUCUCGGCUCUGCAAACCAACGCUGAUGCGAGGGCAGUGAGCAAACCCGGGCCGAGAUUGAGCGGUAGCGGAUCGGGUCGGACCGGAGACGAGACGACCGAACCCGCGAGCGUGUUUUGCCGAGAGAGUGUACACACGGUGAGGGAGUUUCGGAAAUUGUACGGGCUUCUGAAGAUGGGGAGUCGAAGGAAAGACGACUCGAUGGAUUUGAGUUCGGCCGAGAAGGAAGGCUCACGGCACGACGUUUAAGGCCCCACUUUCUUUUUUUUCUUUUUUUUUUUUUGUUUAAAUAUGUAAAAUUUGAAGUCUUAGGUUUUUAAUUAUUGUAUACAAUUACUUCAACAGCAUACCAAGUUAUGCUUUGUGAUACAAUUUUGAUUUUUUUUUUGAAAUCCUUGUAAGUACUUCAUUUAGCUGGGAUCAUGCUUAAUGAAAUGGAAGUCACUAAUUU